CCAAUAGAUACAAAUGACUCUGUGGUAUCCGAAUUUGUAUUGAUUGGACUUUCAAAUUCAUGGGAGAUGCAUCAUUUUCUCUUUUGGUUCUUCUCUGUGUUCUACAUGGGAAUUAUCCUGGGAAAACUCUUCAUUGUGCUCACAGUAAUUAGUGACUCUCAUUUACACUCCCCCAUGUACUUCCCAUUGGCCAACCUCCCUCUACUUGAUCUGGGUCUGUCAUCUACCACAGUGCCCAAGACAAUCUCUGAUCUUUUCACUGACUGCAACAACAUCAUUUCCUUUCCAAAAUGCAUGAUACAGAUAUUUUUUAUUCAAGUCAUGGGUGGAGGUGAGAUGGUGCUGCUCAUAGCCAUGGCCUAUGACCGGUAUACUGCAAUCUGUAAGCCUCUCCACUAUCUAACCAUCAUGAGCCCCAAAAUGUGUGUUUCCUUUGUAGCAGCUGCCUGGAUAGUGGGAACAAUCCAUGCUGUAUUUCAGUUUGUUUUUGUCAUAAACUUGCUCUUUUGUGGCCCUAAUGAAGUAGGUAGUUUUUACUAUGAUUUUCCUCGGGUCAUGAAACUUGCUUGUAUAGACACUUACAAGCUAGAGUUUGUAAUCAUCGCUAACAGUGGGUUUAUAUCCAUGGCUACUUUCUUCUCUUUAAUUACAUCCUAUAUCUUCAUUUUGGUCACUAUCUGGAAACGUUCUUCGGGGGACUUGUCCAAAGCAUUUGUCACACUGUCAGCUCACAUCACUGUAGUGAUUUUGUUUUUUACACCAUGCAUGUUUCUCUACAUGUGGCCUUUCCCCACAACAUCAUUGGGUAAGUGUUUGUUCAUUGUUGACUUUGCUAUCACCCCUCUCUUGAAUCCUGCCAUCUAUACAUUAAGAAACAAAGACAUGAGAGAGGCCAUGAGAAGACUGGGCAAACGGACUGUGGGUCCUCAUGGGAUCUCAAAAUGA